UCGCGUUUGGAGAGCCGGACGCGCGGAUUGAACAAGUUUCUCCAGCACAUUUCUUAUCAGAGACCAGCUUCUUCUUGUUCUUUUUGUUGUUGUUUGGUUUUUGGUUCUCCGGGAGGGCUUUCACUUCACACUUUGACUGCCUCUACCUAGAAGCCCGCUCGGCUGCAGUCGCACCUCCAUUGUUUUCGAGAAAUCUCCUCCUUGAAUACUCAGAAGAAGCAAAACACACACACACACACACACACACACACACACACACACACGCACACAAAACAAAUAUAUAUUUGCCCGUUUCUUUUCAAAUGGGGCCGCGUGUGCUGGGCGUCAGGGUUGGAAUGGCGUGUCGAGGAAGUGGGAAUAGAUUUGGGAUCCUGCUGAUAUUCUUACUGGAUUUACUGGCGACGACGGCCAGCAAUAUGGAGCCCAUCUACUGGAAUUCCCUGAACGAGAGGUUCAGGGACGAUAAGGGAUACGUUCUGUACCCUCAGAUCGGGGACCGGCUGGACCUCAUCUGUCCGCCGCUGGACAUGGCCAGGUCCACGCCGGAGUACGAGUUCUACAAGCUCUACCUGGUGUCGGUGCGGGAGCAGGCGGACCGCUGCGAGGUGAGCGGCCCCCCCAACAUCGUGCUGACCUGCGACGAGCCCACCCGCGAGCGUCGCUUCACCAUCAAGUUCCAGGAGUUCUCGCCCAACCUCUGGGGCCACGAGUUCAAGAGCAUGCAAGACUACUACAUCAUCGCUACGUCAGAUGGGACGCGUCAAGGCCUGGAAAGCAUGAGAGGCGGAGUGUGUGCCACGCAAGGCAUGAAGGUGGUCCUGAAAGUGGGGCAGAGCCAAUACGGGCUGCCCCCGAAGAAGGAGCCGCCAGCAGGUCGCACCACCAGCAGAAACCCAGGCGGAGCGGGGAACUCCACCCAUUCCCGAGGACCAAACAGCUUCGGGGGGGAGGGCGGUGGCGAGAACGGGCCCCUUCAGCCCUCCAACAUCGCCCUCAUCGCCGGCGCCGCGGGGGGCUCGGCCUUCCUCCUGCUGGUGACGGCCGUGAUCUGCGUGGUGUGCUACAGGCGGCGGCACGCCAAGCACUCGGACACCCACCACCCGCCGCUGUCGCUGUCCUCGCUCACCAGCCCCAAGCGUGGAGGGGGCGGGGGCCUCGGCAGCUCCAACAACAACGGCUCCGAGCCCAGCGACAUCAUCAUCCCGCUCCGGACGUCAGACUCGGCCUACUGCCCGCACUACGAGAAGGUGAGCGGAGACUACGGACACCCCGUCUACAUCGUCCAGGAGAUGCCUCCCCAGAGCCCGGCCAACAUCUACUACAAAGUAUGAGACGGCCGCUGCUCCGGCCGACUGGA